AUGAUUGUAGAAACUUAUGGUGAACGUUAUAUUAGUAAAAGAAUGUGUCGGGAAUGGUUUCAUAAGUUUAAAAAUGAUGAAUAUGACGUAGAAGACAAGGAACGUCCCGGACCCGUGAAAAAAUUCGAGGACGUAAAAUUGGAGACUUUGUUGGAUGAAGAUUCUUGUAGAACGCAACGGGAACUUGCAAAUUUAUUGGGCGUGACAUCAGCAAGCCGUUUCUCAUCGCUUAAAAUGUUUAGGAAUGAUCCAAAAACUGGAACAUUGGGUGCCAUACGAGUUGAAGCCGAGGGACAUUGA